CAAAAGGAUAAACAAAAAAUAUCAUUAUUAAAAAGUAAUUUAAACAUAUAUUAAUAAUAAAUAACUCAAUCACUAAAAGUAAAGAAGAUAUCUAUCUAUCAAUCUAUCUACCAACUCAAAAUGAAAAAUUAACCAAAUAGAGCAAUGACAUAUUCAGAUAUAUAUCAAAAGAAAUAUAUCUAAAAUCAGUAAUUGUAGUCUCAUCAGCAAUAAUAGUAGGACAAGGACUUUAUCACAAUUAGUGGAAAGCACAACUUUUCUCUCCAAAAAGAGCUGGUGCCUCCAAAUAACUACACUUUAGCUCAUAAACGUCCUCAAACGAGUCCUUUCUAAAAUAAUGAAUAGCUUAAAGAAACCUUGAAAUCUAUAUCUGACUUAAGAGCAAAUUCUCCUACAUUUGCUCUCAAUAAUCCUAUUACCUCUGAAGGUCAUUAAGAGCAGAUAUUUAGGUCAUCAGUCAAAAAAACUAUUUAUUCUGAUAUUGACAACAUUAAAAAUCCAACUUCCCUAUAAAUAACAAGAAAAUCUACAAAUGCAUAAUGUGGUUAUUUGAUGGGAACAAGUGAGUAAAAGGAUUGGAAACCAUCUGUUAAGAAAGUUGAUACAAAGGAUUCCGAACACUAUGAGGUAUUCGAAAAAAGAGGACUAAAAUAGACUAAAUAAUAUUCAGGUACUACUUCUUCUGAAAAUCCACUUUUAGGAUAAGAAGAGAAGACCAUCAAGCAAAGGCUAUGUGGAUCAGGAGAUUAAAAGAUAUCUGACCAAUAUUAAAAAAUUGCAAACAGAAGAGACUUUGAGCCAUGUGAUAGAUAAGCUAACAACAAGUGGAGCAAAUAUAAAGAUUCUAACAUUUUCUUCUAUCAAUCCCCAUCUUAACAAUAAUCUACAAAAUGUUCAGUCCCUACUAAAUUUAGAGGUGAUGAAGCAAAAAACCUUAUAGGCUAUGAAUAUGCUCUCCCUUUCAAUAAACAAAAAGAAGUCACUGAUAAAGUAAAUAAAGUAAAUCAUUAAAGAUAUGUUUCAUAUGACUAAGCUAACGACUAUGAUUUUAGAAAAAGAAGUAAUCGUCUUGCUAAAGAAGAGGCUUAUGCAUAAAAAAAUCAGUAGAAUUUAGAGUCUGAUAAUUUAAAAGUUAAAUGA